UCUCAAUCAUUGUGGGCUAGGCUGUCGUGCCCCGGGCUCAAAGUAUGUCACCAAAGUUACAAGAAGGUGACAAAUAUGAUGUAUAUAAAGUGCAACAAAGUCAUACGUUAUUACAGUUCAGUAUUGAUAUCUGUAUCAACAACUACACUUCAAAAUGGUAUCCAAGGUUGUCAUCAUCCUGUCCCUCGCCGUGGCGGCUUACGCCGUGCCCCUUGUCCCCGUCAGCAAGGUGGUGUACGCCGAGCCUGAGGCGCCCGCUCACUACGAGUUCUCAUACUCCGUGCACGAUGACCACAGCGGUGACGUGAAGCAGCAGCAGGAGGCUCGUCAAGGCGACGCCGUCCACGGCUCGUACUCUCUCGUGCAGCCCGACGGUGUGCACCGCAUCGUCGAGUACACCGCCGACAAGGAGCACGGAUUCAACGCCAACGUGCGCUACGAGGGCACCCCCGUCCAAGCUGCACCCGCCAAGAUCGCCUACGCCGCCCCCGUAGCCAAGGUCGCCUACGCCGCUCCCGUUGCCAAAGUAGCCUACGCCCCAAUCGCCUAUGCCGCCCCUGUUGCCAAGGUUGCCUACGCUGCCCCCAUCGCGAAGCUUUAUAUUUUACAGUUCCUGGCUUUCUCCGCCCUCGUGGCCGCCGCCACCGCUGUGGCCGUCCCCGUGGUGCCUGUCGCUAAGCUGGCAUACGCCCAGCCCGAAGCACCCGCUCAGUACGAAUACACAUACUCCGUCCACGACAACCAAAGCGGUGACGUGAAGCAACAGCAGGAGUCUCGCUCCGGCGACGCCGUGCACGGCUCAUACUCUCUAGUGCAGCCUGAUGGUGUCCACCGCAUCGUCGACUACACCGCCGAUGAAGAGCACGGCUUCAACGCUGUCGUCCGUUACGAAGGCACCCCCAUCCCUCAAGCUCCUGCUAAGAUCGCCGUAGCUGCUCCCGUCGCCUACGCUCCCGCUCCUGUCACCAAGAUCGUAAGCGCAGCUCCCGUCGCUAAGGUCACCUACGCCGCCCCCGUCGCCAAGCUCGCCUACGCCGCUCCAGUCGCCAAGCUCGCCUACGCCGCUCCCGUAGCGAAACUCGCGUACGCUGCCCCCGUAGCCAAGGUCGCCUACUCCGCUGCUCCUGCCCAAGUCACCUACGCGCAGGCCCCCGCUCAGGUCACCUACGCUCACGCUCCCGCCCAGGUCACCUACGCUCACGCUCCCGCCCAGGUCACCUACUCCCAGGCUCCCGCCCAGGUCACCUACUCCCAGGCUCCCGCUCAACUCUCUUACCAGCACGCCCCCGUGUACGCCGCGGCUCCCGUCGCCAAGGUUGCGUACGCCGCUGCUCCCGUAGCCAAGGUAGCUUACGCUGAAAACCUUGGUCACGUGACCUUCUCCUCCCCUGCCGUAUCUUACCACCACUAAGUCAUAAGAAGCUAAAUGUUGUUACUUAUUUAUUUUGUUAAAUACAAGAUAGUCAAUUGAA